UGUCUCCCCUAAAAUUGUAUAACAGCUGAUCGUGUGUUGUGCUUCCUAAGGUUCUGCUGCUGCUGUCUACUAAAAGAAUUUCAUUGUCAAUGUUAUGUGAAUUCAUUACUUGUUAUAAAUACACCGGUUUGUUAUACAGAUUCAUGUUGAGAAAUAUUGGACGUCUUUUGGAUCAUACUCAUUCAUCACUUAUCUGCACAACUUUAAAGCAGACCUAUUUUGCCUUAAAAACAAGACAACUUUCAUUAACAGCACUUGAGCUCUCAUCUAAAAAUUUAAGAUCAGUUCUGUUCAACUCUCAAUUGUUUUAUAGUGAAAUAUAUUUAGAAUUUGCACAUCAUAAUGCAAGUGUAAGACAACUUCAAGUCAGAUUUUCUACAUCUAUAACUAAAAACAGAAUGGCUGAAAAAAAAGAAUUGUCUGCAAAACGUAAAAUGGAUACUGAGGGUACUCCUCCAACAGAAAAAAAGCAAAAAUUGGAAACAAGUGACAUCAAAUCAGAUGACUUUAUUGAUAAAAUUUCAGCAAAUAGGAGCAAUGUCUGUAAAUCAAUAUCUGAAUUUAAAUUUAAUAAGAAGAGGGUGCGUGUAUUAUCAAAGGUAAAAGAUUUUCCUGAGGAUAGUCAAGGAGUUGUAUACUGGAUGUCAAGGGAUCAAAGAGUUCAAGAUAAUUGGGCUUUCCUGUAUGCACAGAAACUUGCAUUGAAGAUGGAAGUACCAUUGCAUGUUUGUUUUUGUCUAGUACCAAAGUUCUUAGAAGCAACUAUAAGACAUUACCAUUUUAUGAUGGAGGGUCUGAAAGAAGUUGAACAAGAUUGCAAUAAGUUGGAAAUAUCUUUCCAUUUAUUGAUUGGUUAUGCCAAAGAUGUGUUGCCACAGUUUGUUACAGAUCAGGAUAUUGGUGGUGUAGUGACAGAUUUCUCUCCCUUACGUACGCCGAUGCAGUGGGACGAUGAUGUCACAAAAGCCAUACCUAAAAAUAUACCAAUUUGUCAGGUAGAUGCACAUAAUAUAGUACCUUGCUGGGAAGCUUCACCAAAACUUGAAUAUGGAGCUAGAACAAUCAGAAAUAAAAUCCAUAAUCAGCUGUCUGGUUACUUAACAGAGUUUCCCCCUGUUUGUGUUCACCCUUAUACUCCCAAACAGAAACCACAGGUCAUUGAUUGGACAAAAAUUGAGGCUAGUUUGACAGUUGACAGAACAGUUGGACCAGUAGAUUGGGCAACACCAGGUUCAUUGGCUGGUUUACGCAUGCUGGAAUCUUUUUGUAAAGAAAGACUUAAGUAUUUUUCAAAAGAUCGAAAUAAUCCAAAUAAGACAGCUUUGAGUAAUUUAUCCCCAUGGAUUCACUUUGGUCAGAUCUCAGUUCAGCGAUGUAUUCUAACUGUUAAACAGUACAGAAGUAAAUACAAGGAGGGAGUGGAGGCUUAUAUAGAGGAAGCUAUAAUAAGAAGAGAGCUAGCUGAUAAUUUCUGUUUUUACAAUAAAAAUUAUGAUUCAAUAGAAGGUGCUUAUGACUGGGCUAAAACAUCACUGAAGUUGCAUGAAAAAGAUAAACGGAAGUAUUUAUACACUAGAGAACAGCUAGAAAAAGGUCAAACUCAUGAUGACCUUUGGAAUGCUGCACAGAUUCAGAUGGCAAUAGAAGGAAAGAUGCAUGGAUUCUUGAGAAUGUAUAGGGCCAAGAAAAUCUUAGAAUGGACAGGAAGUCCAACAGAAGCUUUAGAGACGGCAAUCUAUCUCAAUGACAGAUUUAAUUUAGAUGGCAGAGAUCCUAAUGGCUAUGUUGGCUGCAUGUGGUCAAUUUGUGGAAUCCAUGAUCAGGGAUGGAAGGAAAGAGAAAUUUUUGGAAAAAUUCGCUACAUGAAUUAUGAAGGUUGUAAAAGAAAAUUUGAUGUUGCUGGUUUUGUUAGAAAGUAUAGAGGAAAAAAAUUGUAAAUUUCCAACAAAUGACAGAAGGAAGAAAAUCUGGAUCCAUGGAAAAUAUUUCUGUAAAUUUAGACUUUAGCUUAAAUCCUGUUGGUCUCACCUAUAUAUCAAACAACUUGGUAUCAGAUGUCAUUCAAGUAAAGUCAGAAUAAAAGGAGAAUGUAUUGCCAUCAUACAUGAUAUUACUUUGGUCAUAUCUAAACAAACAAAUAGAAAAAAAACAUACUUUGAUUAUAAUCUUGCUAUUUUGAAAUCAGCUUACUGUAAAUUCAGAAAUUAUUGCGUGCAUUUAUUAUUGCAAUUUUUCAGAAAUAACAAUAAUGCAAGAUUACCUCGCAAUAAUUUCUGAAUUUACAGUAACUAUGUUUUAUUCAUUGCAGAAAUGAUACCAAUGAUUUUUUUUGUUGUUUUCAGUACACAAUUUCAAUGUUUGUUAAAAUGAAGGCAGCUUUAGUAGAAAAGUAUAUCUCUGUUUGCAUGUCAUCAGAAGUAAGAAUGAGGAUAUGAAGUUUGCAUGUGUUCUAAUUACUAGUAUUCAUUAUAUAUUUUGUUUUAUUUUAUUAUCCUAUUGAUAUUCAUCAUAAAUAGUUUGUUACUUUUUAUUUUUUUGUAUGUUAAGUCUGUUUAUAUUAAGUUUUCUAAACACAGAACAGAACUUUCAGAAAUACAGUCUAGCUAUAGUGUCUGCUUUUAACUUAACUGGCUACAAAACUGAAAUGAAUAAGUCUACUGUAAAUUCAGUAAUUAUUGUGGUUUUUAUUAAUGCAAAAAAUUGGACAGUUUAAGGUUCACAAUAAUCCACACUCACAUUCAUAAUUUUCGUAGUGAUUUUCCUUUACAAGUUUUUACAAUCACAUAAUUUAUAUCUUGCAUUUUUGCCAGUAGUCAGAGAUUUGCAAUAAUGGAUGCAUGCAUUAAUUUCUGAAUUUACAGUUUUUAGUUGAGUUAUUUUUAUAAACCAACCAAGAUAUAUCUGUUGACAUCGUAAUGUUUUGUUUUUAAAUACUUACCCUCUUGGCAAUAUUGUCUGUAGUUGGAGAAUGUAUCCUAUUGUUAUUUGACGUAUACAAUUAUCCUUUUGUAAAUAUUAGAUGAGAUUUUUGUUUUUAGAUUGGAGAAACUAAAUAAACUAAUAGUUUUGAUUGAUCUAUUUGAAAACCAUUUAAAGCCAACUUUGGUUAAGAUUUAGGUUUACUGGUCUAAUUAUUUUUAUGCUGUUGAUUUUCUCUCAAAUUAAUAUGGAGAUUCCGACAGAAACUGCUUCAAUAGUUAAACAUGUACAGGAUAAAUAAAUGAAGAUACAUGUCAAUGAGACUGUAACACAAGGAAUAUCAACACAAUGCCAAGAUAAAUUAUAUUUUUGAUGUUAUUGCUGUGAAAAUAUUUGGAAGUCACCACCAGGUUUGUUUUUAUUUCAGUACAAAUCAAUUAGUCUCGAAACACAGAGUAAAACAGAUAUAUAGAGUGAAUAAAUGGUAAAAUGACAAAAUAACCAUUGUUUCUUGUUUUUUAUAUAGGUUAGACCAUUGGUUUUCAUGUUUAAAUUGUUUGACACUAGUCGUUUUGGGGCCCUUUAUUGCUUGCUGUUCGGUGUGAGCCAAGGCUCCGUGUCGAAGGCCAUACUUUGACCUAUAAAGGUUUACUUUUUACACAUUGUGACUUGGAUGGAGAGUUGUCUCAUUGGCACUCAUACCACAUCUUCUUAUUUAUAUUCAUACAUAUUAAACUGAAACAUAAAUGAUUAAGACAGCAAAAACAAAUCUGGUUACCACCUAACAUAUUCAUAUCAUUAAAACGACAAUAACAUUUCAUAUUGAAAGAAAAUUCUAAAGACAGAAUUUGGAGAAAUUGCUAUUUAAAGUGACAAAACUGCAUUUUUCACUAUUUUUUUAUACAUUCUAUACAUUUAUAGAUCUUUUUCAUAAAUUUCUAAUUGAUUGUAUCUCUGAAAUGCAUUUAAAUGUUCAUUCAAAUCUGAAAAAAGGCCCAAAUACAUAUACUUCACUUCAUAUAAUCAUGUAAUUCACAAAGUUUCAUACACAAUUAAUUCACAGUAUAUUUUAUGGAUAUUUUUACAAUAUUUUUGAUUAAUUUUCAUUAUAGCAAGAUAUAUGUUACUUCUUAUUAGACUAAAUCUGAUUUGAGAUUAUUUACAUACAAGAUACCUAUUAUGAUUGUUUGACUAGGAUACCCAUAUAUAAGUGUUAGUGACUUUUAAUGUAAAUAAACAUUUUUGUAUUGUAAUAUAAAAGUAAUAAAAUAUGAUGUUCAGUAA